AUGGCAUUGGCUCUUGGCGCUUUGUGGGCGUGGAGUGUCUACGACAAAGCAGUCAUUUCUUAUUAUUCCAGCAAGUACAAACCUGCACCCUUACCCAAGGAGCCGAGCUACAGUCCGGCGGAUGUCAGCAUCAUAGUUCCGACAAUCGAUACUGAGUCGACAUUUACGGAAUGUAUGCGUCUCUGGCUGAAGUCAAAGCCACGAGAAGUCAUCAUCGUGACAGUUGAGCGAAAUAGAGACCGCAUCGUGCGACUAUUGGAGCCUCUCAAAGAGGAUGCUGACAAGAUUGUCAUCCUCUGUGCGCCAUUAGCCAACAAACGAGUGCAGCUGGUUGUGGGUGUCAAGGCUGCUCAAGGUAGUAUCCUCGCCUUGGUGGACGACGACGUGUACUGGCGGGCUGCAGGUGUGCUCCCAUAUCUCUUGGCACCUUUUGAGAAUGCCAAGGUCGGCGCAGUUGCUGGCAUACAGAGUGCUGAGAUCCGUACUGAUCGCCAAGAUCCAAACGUUAUAACGGUAUGGGAAGCCACUUCGACGUAUGACCUAUGCCAGUGGAAGGGUUCUCGCGAGGUACACUUUGCUGCCGACGGAGGCUGCUGGUGUUUGUCCGCUCGAACGCUACUCAUCCGCGCUUCUAUCCUACAAGAUCCAUCUUUUGUUGAUACCUACACCCACGAGAUUAUUGGCCAUAAGUUGGUGAACACUGCGGAUGACGUUGUCCUGACCGGUUGGGUGUUCGAUAGCGGAUGGGAGGUCUUCAUUCAAAACGUUCCCGAAGCGGAGAUCACCACCAAUAUUCCUGAGGACCAUAAGUUUGCCUUGCAGAUUCUUCGUUGGGACAGAGGAAACUUUCGUACGUUUCUCGGAUACAUCUUCGUCCACCCAGGACUCCCAAAACUGAUGCGGAGGCAUCCAUACACUACUUUCAAGAUGGUCGAGCGGCUCGCUCGACCAAUUUGGGCCUUAAUGUACCUAUGGGCUUGGCUUCAGACUCUGAGCACAGUACCUUGGAUUGCAUUUGCAUUCUUGGCUUGGGUGAUAGGUGGCUGGGGCGGAUGGGUUUCGUCUUACAAAUCCUUCCUCAAAAAGUACCCCUACUGCGGCCGUCAAUGGUGGGGAUUCAUCGUUAUGGAUCUGUUUGGUCCUGUCGUGGACAUCUAUGUCUACUUCACGAUGAACAACGAUAGCUGGUUAACAAGAGUAGCAGACAUUCAAGAGAUGAAAUAA